GUCGUACCUCAGCUGCUGAGUGUAGAGUCAGGGGUGUCCAUCUUCCACCGACAGGAUGAUCUCUUCAAACAGCCAAAGGCACAAGUGACUUUCUACAUCUAUUCGCCCUACUUCCACCAGGAUGUGUCCAGCUAUCUCAAGACAGCCCUGUGGUCCAAUUGUGUGGAGGAGGCCCUACAGGACUAUGCCUACGAUGCUCAGAUUGCUGGAAUGGGAUACUCGAUACAGCUGAGCGGUGGCUGUUUGAAAAUGGCACUCAGUGGUUUCAACGACAAACUUCAUGUGCUCCUGGAGGCAGUGACUGACAAGAUGGUCUCCAUGACCAGCGUGCCGGAACACAUCUUCGGCAUUAUCCUGGAUACUUUUGGAGAUGACCUUCGUAAUCAGGCCUACCAUUCGCAGCCCAUCUCGCAAGCUCAGAUGCGCUUCCAGGAUCUCCUGAACCGUGGCAGUUCGUUCCCAGCACCUGGGACAGCCCUAGAACUCUUGGAGACUCUGCCAAAGGUUCAGAGGAAUGACUUGGACAACUUGUGCCAAAGUCUCUUCGUGGACGGAGCGCAUGUUGAGGUCCUUGCCUUGGGAAAUCUCACCAGCAACGAUGCAAAGCAGCUUUCCAACAAGCUGGUCACGGGAUUGAAGCUGACCAAGCCGCUGAAAAGUGCCUUGGCGAUGCCAUGCCUGCCCUACCGGGCCGAAGCGGCCUUUCCCACGGGGAGCACCUUAUGGGAACUCGACAGCGCAGAUGUGGAUGACCCAAACCACGCGGUGAUGAUGAAGCUGCAGCUACCUGAGGGUUUGGAGGAUGAAAUGCACGUCAUGUUGUUGGACAAACUUCUGGGAGCCAAAUUCUUCGAGAUCUUGCGAACCCAGUACUUUGGUUUCGAAAAGAUGGAGGGAUUGGAGGCUGAAGUAGUCCUCGGACUUUUUUUUGUACAUCGACAUGUUUGUGUUGAUUAG